GCUCGAUCAUGACGUGAGGGUUAGCAAUCUCCGCUUGUUUCCUCGCGUGUCAGAUCAUGUUAUGGAGCAGAGAUCAGUGGCUUUGUUCUCUGCGCAGUUGACGAAAUUAUAACUACAGGACGCUUCAGAUCUUUCCAGCUCUAGUAUUACAGAAAGUUUGGUCUCGUCUGCACCAUGAAUCACGGGAUCGGUGUGGCCGGUAGAGGUCUAGAGAUUCUGUUAGGCUGUCAAGUGUGGAACUCGUGGUAUCAUUUGCUCUAGCUGCGUGUGGAAGGCUAAUUUUAGGCUGUGCCGUUUGAUCCAAAAUUAGGUGAACAGACCGGGUGUCCAAGUCUUUGCUAUUAUCGGCUCUGUUCGAUGGACGGCUGCUGUUGAAACAUAUAAAGCGUGAUCUAUUCUCCUGGUGCGUAUAAAAGCAAGGCAAAUCUCUCUAGCUACCUUGGGGGUUGGUUGUUGGAAGAAGCAACCACUAGCUUCGUUGGAGAUCCAUCAAAGGAACUAACGAAGCUAGAGGUUGGUUCUUCUAGCAAGUUAGGGGCCGCAAGUGUCUGGUCAUUCCCUGCCCUUGUACCAUAUCUCCAGCCGUUCUCCGGCAUUUAGUACUUCGGUUGAUGGCUUCGCCUGCAGCAGCAGCAGAGUUCACUCGGGAAACUGUUCGCCGGUCACUGAUCGCAAUCUCUCAGUCCCUCCCUGAGACUUCGCUCCUGAACCCCAAGGCCAACCCACCAAGCACCACCCCUGGAGCAAACACAUAUCGUGAUGAUGGGGCAGCGAAGUGCAGAUCGAAGCUGAUCUCGAUCUCAUACCCGUCCACUCCUGAUGCCCUGUCCACGCCGUGCCCCCAGAAGAACGCUGCAACCGUGUGAUCACUGACGCCUAAGCGUGCAUACAUAAGUGUUUUUCUUCUUCUUCUGAAGUUCUUCACCCUUCUGCUGUCUUGGUCUUGGUGUGGAAUGGAUGUACUCCAGUGCUUGUGUUUCCUGUAUUCAAACUGAAACAUUUGGGAAGGAAAUGGAGACAAUUGUACAGUGAACUGUGGUAUGAUACACGAACUAGCUGCUGUAAACGAGUUUGUGGUUCCAAUUUCUUGCAA